AUGUCGGCAUCUCUCAUCUUCUCCCGCUCUCUCCUCGUUCCCCCCGCUCCGCCCCAUCUCUUUCCGCCCUUGCUCAUCUCCCCGCUCACCUCUCUGUUCUUUGCUCACUUCGCCCCGCUCCCUCCCUGUUCACCCCUCACUUCCCCUUCCUUCCCCUUUUUCUUUACCUCCCACCUCAUUCCCCACUUCACUCAUCCCUCGCUUUUCCCCCGCUCUUUCCGCAUCUCCCGCAGCGCUUUCCGCAUCUCCCCCAACGCUUUCCGCAUCUCCCCCAGCCGCAUCUCCCCCUCCCCCCCCCACCCUUUCCAGCCAUUCAACCGUCGUCUCUCCCCCCAUCCCCCCCGCCCGUUUUCAGCUCUUUCCUCCUCUCUCCCCUUCUCACCCCUCCUUUCCUUCCAACACUCACCCCUUCUUCCCCCCAACAUUCACGCCUCACCCGAUUAUAUUAACUUCUCCUUUCCCCGCUCUGCCCCCAACUCCCCUCCGCUCUCCCCGCAUUCCCCCCUCCCGUUCACCCCUUAUCCACCCGAUAUCUCGCUCUGCGGUGCAGCAGAUGGCGGGAGGUGCUCACGCCUCAUCUCCCCUCUGCUCUUCGCUCAGUUAUCCCCCCCUCUUCUCCCCACUUUCAUCUCAUCUCCUUACCGCUCACCCCUCAAGUCCCCUCUGCUCUUCGCUCUAUUCGCCCCGCGUUCCCCUCUUCCCAACCCCGUUGUCAACUCAUCUCCCCUCCGGUCUCCUCUCAUCUCUCUCUCCCCCCCUCUUCCCCCCCUCCCCAUUCACUCGCACCUCAUCCUCCCCUUCCCCCCCCACCCACCCACCCCCCCCCCCUUCAUCCAUUCAACCGUGGUCUUUCUCCCCCCUUUUUUCCCCUCCUCUCAACCCCCCUUUCCUUCCAACACUCACCCCUCCUUCCCCCCAACACUCACGCCUCACCCAAUCAACUUCUCUCCCCGCGCUGUCCUCGUUUCCCCCUUCCGUUCACCCCUUACCGUAUUCCUUUCCCCCCCCCACCCACUUUGUUUGAUCCUAUCCCGCCCUUCACUUGAAUCAGGUGCAUCAGAUGGUGGCUCGCUGGCAGCUGGAAAAAGGCUUUCAAAGGAGCUGAACUGCACCGAUUCGCGCUCUGUAUACCACGGCCAUGAAGCUUCUUCCCUCGGGCAGCAGCGUUGUCAGGAGCAGCAGCAUCAGGAACCUCGACCAUUGCCAAUCUUCAGGAGAUUCAAUCAUCCAAAGCUUGUGUUCCAGGAAAUUCAAUGA